AUGUCGUCGUCGGACACAUCAUCAGUAAGGUUCACAAAGCCAAGCGACACAGUUACCUUUUAGGGAUCGUCCUCGGACGCAAACACCAGCGCCAUACUACUCGAGGGAUUAUCUCCCCGUCAUACCAGUAAGCUUUUCUUUUGCUUAUACAUCUAUACAUUUUAGAUGUGGCACCCAUAACUAGCACAGCGAAUCGAAAGCGACAUCGACGUGAGAUUUCACAGUCCGAUCGUAGACACAGAAAACGAAGAUAAAGGUCAAACUGGAUGAUGUCAGCCAUCAAACAGAUCCUUCUGGAUCUUAAUGAGAUUAAAGCUGAGCUGGUUGCUCUUCGUGAGGAGAUUCGUCGCCUGACGGCAUCUACAUCGCAGCCCUCAGCUGUUGAAGGGCCAAUUGUGCAAAGAGUUAGCACAAUGAGCGGCUAUGACGAGCUGACGACAGCAGUGUCGGACGCCACGUACAGGCUGCAAUUGGUAAACACUGUCUGUUUAUAUAAAUACCGGAUUCAGGUUUCCUACUUGUCCUCCAUAGGAGGCGAAACAAUAUCAGCUUUUGCUGAAAGGCUUUUCUUUACCCUCUUCACGGAAGACGUGGCCGCUUUUCUGACGUUCUACGGCAGAAAACCAGGUAGUAGGGGGUUGUUUGAAACUCCUGUCUAUUCAGUCAUCCUGGGUAGGACUUCCGACUUGUCCAACCGAACAAUUGCAUUUUAGAGGUGUUCAACAGAUGGAGUAAGGAGCACAAAUCGGACCGGCAAAAACUAGAAAGUGCAUUGAAAAAUGCUUUCAAAAUAGCACAUGGCAGACACCAAAGGAAGCGGCAUAGGGCCUCCACUAGCCAACAAACACAAGGUAAUUAAUUAUAUAUUCAUGUUAGUAGUAAAUUUCGACGUCCAGAUUGUGUUCACUUGUUCCUUGUGGAAUAAUUUCCCUUGUAGACCUCCAUUCAACAACCGACGAUUCAACGCCUCAAAAUGGAGACCAACAGCCUUAA